UUACAACAUUGUUUGGUUUAGAUUUGUGAUUUUGGUUUGGCUCGAGUUGCCGACCCAGAUCAUGAUCACACUGGAAUCUUGACGGAAUAUGUUGCAACCAGAUGGUAUCGUGCUCCAGAAAUCAUGCUCAACUCAAAGGGUUAUUCAAAAGCAAUUGAUGUCUGGUCUGUUGGUUGUAUUUUGGCUGAGAUGUUGUCGAACAAACCACUCUUCCCUGGCAAACAUUGUAUCCUUUUGUGCUGGUUCUUGCUUGGUGAACUCAGGGCGAACUAGUGUUCAAGAUUGCAACCAAAUUUUGAGCUUUUAGACAAGUUUAUACUGUAUUACACAGUUCGUUGAAGUGUUUCGCGUGAUUUUUUUUAAUUGUGAUUUUUUAAAAAAUUGUUAAUUUUUUUUUUAAGUUCUACUUGACCGUUCACAAUUCAAACGAAAUUGAGCGGAAAAUUGCGACAGCGAAAUCUUUCUUGCAAAUCGCGCAAUUAGCGGAAUUUCUACUGUUAGCGCGUGUCGAUUUCUUGAAAUGAUUUAAUUGAUUUGUGAGCUCACGAUAAAAUACUCAGAAUACUUUGGAUAAAUAUCAUGGUUCAAUACAUAAACAUGUCGAGGUUGUUAUACAGCCAUAUUUUCAAAUAUACUGUACUUUAACAAUAAAUGUACUGUACUGUGCUGUGCUACAGCAACUGUCCAGUCACGCAUACGUGAUAAAAAGCCGAUAUAAACUUUAUAAACAAAACAUGUAAAGCGUAACAGAACGGCGAACAUGCAGAUUCGGCCAUCUCAAAUAAUGGUAAUGUUGAGAUAGUAGCGUUGCAUGCUGCAGGAGACCCCAUGGAAGACCUCCACCCCUCCUUGCGGAUGAGGCUAGAUCUGCCCCUGUCUUCCCUGUUGAGUAGUAAAAUCGUCUGGUGUUAGACAGUUAGUAAUUGGUGAAUGAAAGCCAAACAACUGAUGCUUGGCAAACAAAUAAGGAGAAAAUAUACAUAGGGUUACGUUGAAAAUAAAAUGCAAAACGAAAGGAGAAAUUUCUCCCUAAAAUUUUGGCAUAUUGUGCUAUAAAAUGGACUAGGAGAUAUCUAACGAAGGUACAAGUACAAUCAAUAAAUAAAUCAUUCUUAACUAUAGAAUUACAGAUUUGGAUCAAUUAAAUCACAUUCUAGGUGUUCUAGGAUCGCCUACUUUGGACGACUUGCAGUGUAUAAAAAAUGAUAAGGUACGCUGGAAAUUUUAAUAUAAACAACACCGCACAAAAAGAAAGUUCCCUCCUAAAUUGUUUCAGCAUAGAUUCUAAACAAAUGAGUCCCUGAUAAUCACACCUGGUACCAAUUAGACCUAUGGUACAGCAGUUUGCCUAAUGCUGUGCGAAGAAUGAGCUAACCCAUGCUUUAAAGUAUGACUUAUCUUCCAUAGAAUACAAAAAUACCCAGUUGCAAAAUUUUAUUGAAAUUGGUCAUGUCAAAGCUCGUAUAUGAAGUAAAGUUUAAUUUUUAGGCAAGAAGCUAUAUUCAAGCUUUACCUUGCAAGCAAAAAAUUCCAUGGAGCAGAUUAUUCCCAAACGCUAAUCCCAAAGGUAAGAUGCAAGCGUAAUGUAUACAAUAGAAUUACCCAAGACCAAUCUUAAACGUAUUUGUGUUUAUAUUCAUUCGUCCCAGCCGCUUGCAUACACGUGUAUUAUAAAUAAUACUUGCGACGCUCAGAAUUAAACUAAUUUUUCAGCAAAUGAUUUGAAUCCAUUUGGUAAAGACAUAAUUACUGUUUAUGUUUUUCAAUCAAAUUGAGGUCAGACUCGCAAUCAAGUUCAAAUUGAACUUGAUUUAUUUUAACUGAUCCAUUCAUUUUCUUUUUCAAUAGCUCUGGAUCUACUUGGUAAAAUGUUAGCCUUCAAUCCAAACAAAAGAUAUUCAGUUGAAGAAUGCUUGGCACAUCCUUACCUUGAACAGUAUUAUGAUCCAACGGAUGAGGUGAGUGUGCCGUUAACAACAGAGCGGAGAAAUCGAGAUUGAUAUCAAGGGCAAACUACAAUACUCCGGUCUAGACAAAUCUCUUGUGAUGACUACUAUCAUUUCCUUGAUAUUUACAGUAGAUCUUCUUUUACGCAGUCCAUUGAUCUCUUCUCAUUAUGUGUCGAUACCAUUUCAGCUUUGCUUUCUUCACCUUUCCUGCAAUGUCUACCACCGCAUGUCGAAUCUUUUCAUUCCUUAGUCCCUGACCCACUCUCUUUCAUUCCUUCUUAUUACGUGUCCAUAGUCUUCAUCUGUUUCUCUUACGUGUCUCAGUCUUGCUUCUCUUACCUUCUCUGUAUUGUCUAUCACCUCACAUCUUCAGAUUUCUUCAUUCCACAAUGUCCCUGACUGACUCUCCUUUGUCUCUUCUCAUUACGUAUACAUAUAUUCCCAGCCUAGCUUGCCUCUCCUUCUCUGUAAUGUCUACCACUUCGCAUUACCUUCUGAUCUUUUCAUUCCAUAAUGUGUCUGACCGUGUACAUGUCCACACCAUCUCAGCCAUGCUUCCCUCCCCUUCUCUGUAAUGUCUACCACCCCACAUCUUCUUUUGAUAUCUUCAUUCUUUUUAUUAUGACUUUUUAUUACAUGUCCGCAUUAUCUCAGAUAUUCUUUCCUCAUUUUCUCCGCAAUGCCUACCACGCUAUAUCGUCUUCUGAUAUCUUCAUUCCAUAAUGUCUUUGACCGGCUCUCCAUCUCUUUCUAUUACGUGUCCAUAUAUUCUCAACCUUGCUUUUCUCACCUUUUCUGCAAUGUCUACCACCCUACAUCCUCCAGUCGUCUCUGGCUGACUCUUCUUCAUUUCUUCUUAUUACGUGUCCAUAUAUUCUCAAAACUUGCUUCCCUCAUCUCUUCUGUAAUGUCUCCGCAUCGUGCAACUUUGUAGGAUUUUCACACUUUAACUUUCGGAUUAUUUUAAUUUCAGCCAAUCGCUGAGCAGCCAUUCAGAUUUGAAACGGAGCUUGACAAUCUUCCAAAGGAGGAACUCAAAGGUAAAAAUAUCGUGUGUUUAUUUAUUUAUAUCAUUUCUUUGUAAAUUGUUCUUCCUAGAGGUCCAGUAAGGGUCCAUCCCUUACUUAUCCAGUGUUACAACAGAAAGAAAACGAAAGUAAACUAACUUUAUUUCAACUGGAUAGCGCUAUCAGCUCUAUUCUACUGUAUUCUGCCUGGUGUAAGACUGUGUGCUUGGUAGAGUCAAACUGGAAGCGCUUUUCUCACAUGUGACUGAGGCGAAAAUAUAAUCACAGAACUCCAUAGUGCAGGAAUCGAACCUCUGUCACAGAUGUUAGAGCCAGAUGUACUAAUCAAUGUUUAUUUACACUUUUGAGAGAUGUAAUAUUUUGGUUUUAUUGUCGUUGUAUUUCUUACUUGAAUAUCUCGGACUAUCCCUAAAAUGAAAAGCAACCAGCGAAGAGGUCUAUUGACAUUGUCUGUCUAGGACUUAUUAGUAAUUGUUAACAUCGGGCCUUGAAAUAUCGGUAGAUCACGGACAUUGUCCGAUCCAUUCGUGAAAUUGUCUGACGUAGAGAGGAAACGACUGGACAUUCUGUCCGGGCGACCUAUAAGUGAAACUGAGGUUUACUGUUUGUCUGAUCCGAGCGAAUUGGUGCCCGACCUAAUUGUAACUUUGUCCAACGUAAAUCAAAAUGUUUCCUAGUCCAGGACUAGAGGCUUGUAUGUUAAAUGGAGAAUCAGAGUAAUGACUAAUGUAUAAAAAGUGAACUGUGUAAUCAAGUGUAAUCAUUGCAAAGAUUCAAAUAACUUUUCCAAAUUGUGCUGAUAUUAAUUUGCAAUAAUAAUGUAUUUACCUUCAUUAAUAUUUAUUUAUAUUCUGUUUCCUCCAAUUUAUAUUUCAGAAUUGAUUUAUGCGGAAACAGCCAAUUUCAUGGUGAAAUAAAGACGAGGAGUAUGGCUUAGUAUAACUACCAGAAUUAAUGUAUUAUAUAUGAAAUGUUUUUCUCGCGUGAAGUACAGUAGCAAUUUUCUUUCUAAUUUACAUUUUUAAGUUAUUUAGUCCCCUUUUCGACGUAUGUAUUUUGCCACAUAGGCCCACAUUCAAAGAGCUUUGAAUGCGUGGUUACUGCGCGUGUCAUGUUGUGUCAAAAUUUGAUGGGGCUUCAAGCUUAUAGCUGAACGCCUUCAGGAACAUUGUAAAUAAACCAAUAAAUUGUGAGAACAGUUAAAAUAUAGUUCAUUCUCUAAGUUUAUAUGUUAGAUUGAAUUAAUGUAAUCCAAUGUGCAAUGCGGUAAUUUUACUGCAUUUUGAAUCCAUUUCAUGUAAAUUAUAUGAUUUUGUUAGAUUACCUAUACAAAAUUGACAUAAUUCAUUGAUAUAAUUGGUAAUACGUCUUUGACGAAUUGUGAAAUUUGAUCGUCAUUAGAAUAAAUAUACUGUCAGCCUCGUUGGGUGCAAAUGUAUUGGAGUCC